ACAGCAUGGAUCCUUACAUCAUGAACCGCGUCUGGACAUCACCGUUCCCGAGGGUGCCCAUUGCCAUCACACCCUCCUUGUCCGAGCUCUCUUCCGCGCCUCUCUCUUCGACGCCUUCUUCCGCUUCCUCUUCGACUUAUCCUGUGACACCUUCAGCAGCACUUCGACCCUUUGGGGUGGAAUACGAAGCCUACAUGACUUUGCUGACGUGCGCCCUCAUACUGAUCGUCUGGGUAGGAGGUGUCAUCCUGUGGUAUUUGUACUGUAUACGCCGCCCGCCACGCCUCUUUCGGGGACGUGGUCAUUUGAUCAGGGCCGUCACGGAUGACUGUCCGAGCUUGCAACGACCGUACUGUCCGCCGAUCUGGUGCAUCUCUCCCUGGGCGCAGGCGGGUGUCUCGCUCCAACGCACUACCUCCAUCCGCGCCCAGCUCUGUCAGCUGGUGGGGGAGGACGCGUGGGACGCAGACCAGGAGGAGACGGCGGGGACCGAGGAGGCGGGGGAGGCCAGGGUGGAGGAAAGGGAG